AUGCACGUCCUAAUCACUGGCGCUGCCGGUUUCAUCGGCCAAUUGCUCGCAAAGGAGCUAUUGAACGACCCAGAAUAUCGCGUCACACUGACCGAUAUAAACCAACCUCCAAUUCCCGCGGGCGUUCGCUAUCCCGAAUCGGCAACAGCAAUCAAGGCCGAUCUCUUGACACAAGCCAAAGACAUCGUCGAGUCAUCCUUAGAUGCUGUCUAUGCCUUCCACGGCAUCAUGUCCUCCGGCUCCGAAGCCAACUUCGAACUGGGCAUGAGUGUCAACAUCGAUGCAACCCGCAACCUACUCGAAGCACUCCGACUCACCUGCCCAGGAGUGCGAGUCAUCUAUUCAUCCAGUCAAGCCGUAUACGGCCAACCCUUGCCAGAGAUCGUGACCGACAGCGUGAUCCCGACUCCAGAGUCCUCCUACGGUGCCGAGAAGGUCGUAUGCGAAACGCUGGUGAACGAAUAUACUCGUCGGAAAUUUAUUACCGGAUUUACCCUGCGGUUCCCUACCAUUUCUGUUCGACCCGGGGCGCCGACGGCUGCAGCUUCGUCUUUCCUCUCUGGCAUGAUUCGGGAGCCGCUAGAUGGCAAAAAAUGUGUGAUCCCCAUUGAAGAUAGACAGUUCAAAUCGUGGCUAUGCUCGCCAAAGACUCUUGUGGAGAAUCUUCUUCUCACUCUGCGUCUUCCGGCCGACUCUGUUCCCCCGCAUAUUCGUCAGAUUAAUGUGCCUGGAAUCUGUGUCACGGUUCAGGGUAUGAUGGAUGCAUUGAAGGCUGUGGGUGGCGCGGAUAAGCUGGAUCUUCUUACAGAGAAGGAAGAUCCUGCGUUGGUACCAAUUCUGAAGUCGUGGCCGACGCAGUUUGACAACACUCAGGCUAUCUCCUUGGGGUUCAAACGCGACGAGUCUUUUGAGCAGACCGUGCGGGAUUAUAAAGAGUCAUUGACACAAUAA